GGCAACAUUCAGGUCUUUUAGUAAAUGCACAAAUAUUUUUCUUCGCGUUCUACUCCAUUUCUCCACUCUUGUUGAUCCUCGCAAGCUCGCGUUGCUCUUCUCAUUCUGCAGUAUCCAUUUCACUCUCGCGAAAACCUAGAAACAUUCUUUCUUCUAUGGCCGAAGUCUCGCUUCCUGCCGUUCAACUCGUCGACGGUGACGGCUGCUUCAAUGUCGAGGGUCUCGGCCAAUUCGUCCGCUCCACCAAGCUCCCCGAUUAUGGUGUCUCUUACGGCGUUGUCGCCGUCAUAGGCCCACAAAGCAGCGGGAAAAGUACUCUUUUGAAUCAUCUCUUCGGUACAAAGUUUAAAGAGAUGGAUGCAUCAGAAGGAAGGUGUCAGACAACUCAGGGAAUUUGGAUAGAGAAGUAUGCUGGCAGUGUGCCAUUCAUCAUUGUCAUGGAUUUAGAGGGCACUGAUGGGAGUGAAAGAGGCGAGGAUGACACUGUGUUUGAGAAACAAAGUGCCUUGUUUGCUUUGGCAAUUGCAGAUGUUGUACUGGUAAACAUGUGGUGCCAUGAUAUCGGUCGGGAGCAUGCUGCCAAUAAGCCUCUUCUGAAAAUGGUUUUCCAGGUCAUGAUGCAUUUGUUUGGCCCACGUAAAACUACCCUUCUGUUUGUUAUACGUGAUCAAACCAAGACCCCGCCUGAAAAACUAGAUACCAUUUUAAGACAGGAUAUUCAGAAGACAUGGGAUGCAGUUUCUAAACCUGAGGCCUAUAAAGACACUCCUCUUAGUGAGUUUUUUAAUGUGAAGGUUACUACUUUAUCUAGCUAUGAAGAGAAGGAGGAGCAGUUUAAAGAGCAGGUUCCUGAACUGAGGGACCAGAUUGUCAAUUUGAUAUCUCCAGGAGGAGUAGCUGGAGAUAGACAACGUGUUGUUCCUGCCUCAGGAUUUUCUUUUAGUGCACAGCAGAUAUGGAAACUUAUAAAAGAAAACAAGGACCUGGAUCUUCCUGCUCAUAAGGUUAUGGUCGCAACUGUUCGCUGCGAAGAAAUUGCCAAUGAGAAGCUUGAUCGUUUCUUUGCUGAUGAGAAUUGGUUGUCAUUGGAGGCAGCUAUUCAAGAGGGUCCCGUGCAGGGAUUUAGGGAAGGGCUUAAUGCCAUUCUUGAUACUUAUCUUUUCGAGUAUGACAAGGAAACGAUCUACUUUGAUGAAGAUGUGAGAAUUGCAAAACGUCGAUAUUUGCAAUCAAAAGCAUUGGAUGAGGCUUACAAACGUGUUCCCAACUGGCCCACACCUGCUGUAGCUCCACCGCCCGCUCCCGCUCCUGCCCCAGCUCGUGCAACCUUCUGGUCAGUGGUACCUGUGGCUGUAUCAGCAGCUGUAUCAGUGACUGAAUUGCUUGUUAAUCUCUUCGGUUAAAGUGUGCAGUUAUGUGAUCUUAAUAGCCUGGUUUAAUACACGGGUCUUGACAGGACAGGACAGGACAGGACAAAUCUUCUCUUCUUGUGCAUUCGGUAGUUCGAAUAUUAAACAUAUAAUAGUUUUAUACUUGUACAAACUCACAAACAGACUAUUUAAAGAUGACUGUGUAUGUAAAGUCUGUAUAUCAACUAGUAAAAUUGUAAAAUAUUAUGUGUACAUAUGUUUUUAGAAAAUACCGACAACCAGAAAAAAGAUUUUUAUUA